ACCUCACUUAAACAGCUGUGUUUUUGUACUAAAUUCUGAUUGAAAUUGGAUUGUUGCUGUUUGUGUUUUCUCCUGGAAAAUCCCUCAAAAUGAUGCAAUACGAGGACGAGGAGGUGCUGGCAGACAAAUCUGCCUGUGCCGGAGUCAGGGCGGAUCUGAAGAUGUGUCUCUUGAAGAGCGAUUGCUGCAAGAAGGAGGGCAAAACACCCCGGGAAUGCCUGAGCAGGACUGAUGGCAGCGUUCCAUCGGAGUGUCACGUGCUGAGAAACACGUUUUUCGAAUGCAAGCGCUCCGUGAUGGACAACAGGGCGAGAUUCCGUGGCCGGAAGGGUUACUGAGCAUGAGUUUUAGAUAAUAAAGCCCAGGAAGUGUAAA